AAUUGCCCGCUGAAGGAAGCAGUGGCAGCUCCAGUGGGGGUAUUUUGUUGAGAUAUUUACUGUUGACCUGCCCGAGUGCUGAUUUCCUUAACCUGUCUUUGUUGGGAGCUGCUUCUGUGAAGAAGCGCUCUCUUUUCUUCUGUGCACCCUGGCAGAACCAUACUUAGGUGAUUUUAGAGCUUUGCCACAGAAGCAGUUAGUGUGUGUAGUUUUCAGAAUUCCACAGGUCUUCGUAAAAGCUGCCACCGCUCUUCCACUGUUCAGGUCUGGACGAGCCUUAGUUGCACUGCACUUGGCCCCGAGUGACACUUCACCUUGUGGCACCGACACUGGAGUGAGGAAUGAAUCUGGAGUCGGCUGCAAUAAAACUCUGAAGGCUUUAAAAUGUUUUCUUGCCUAAAACUCAGACUUUUAAGUAGCUGCUUAUGAGGAUAGGGAAGUCAGGAAGCUAAUGUCUGUCUCAAGAUUCAGGACAGCUGUUUGCUCUUCAACUUCAACUGUGUGUGCAACAGAGGAUCAUGGCUCAAGAAACUAACCAUGGCCAAGUGCCUAUGCUUUGUUCUACUGGCUGCGGAUUCUACGGGAACCCUCGUACGAACGGCAUGUGUUCCGUUUGCUACAAAGAACACCUGCAAAGACAGAAUAGUAGUAAUGGCAGAAUAAGCCCACCUGCCUCUGUAAGCAGCUUGUCAGACACUCUGCCAGGCCCGUGCUCGGACGGUGGGGUUGCAGCUGCUCAGUCAGCCUUAGACUCCACGUCUCCAUCUAUGCAGCCCAGCCCCGUGUCCAGUCAGUCACUUUUAUCAGAAUCUGUAGCCUCUUCCCAAGUGGACAGCACAUCUGUGGACAAAGCAGUGCCUGAAGCAGAAGACCUGCAAGCUUCAGUAUCAGAUAUAGCACAGCAGCCAUCUGAGGAACAAAGCAAGUCUCUUGAAAAGCCAAAACAAAAAAAGAAUCGCUGUUUCAUGUGCAGGAAGAAAGUGGGACUGACUGGGUUUGAGUGCCGGUGUGGGAAUGUCUACUGCGGGGUACACCGCUACUCAGAUGUACACAAUUGCUCUUACAAUUACAAAGCUGAUGCUGCUGAGAAAAUCAGAAAAGAAAAUCCAGUAGUGGUUGGUGAAAAGAUCCAGAAGAUUUGAACUCCUGCUGGAAUACAAAAUUCUUUGACCAUCUGCAAACUAAAAAUUGACUUGGUUUUUUUUCCUAGUCCUUGGGAUGUAGAGCAAUGUAUCUUGCAUAGAUCUUUUCAAUCAUGCAUGUCAUCAGAAGAAUAGAUUUUUGUUUUUGUUUUGAAAAUGACUCUGAACAUUUAUUUUCAUUGCAGUUUCUGUGGCUGAAAGACUUUAAGUAAACUUUAUAAGUAUUAUCUUUUUGAGAUCAUUUUAAUUUUAGUUGAGUGCAGAGGGCUUUUAUAACAAACAUGGAGAAAUUUUGGAGGGCUGUGAUUUUUUUCCAGUAUUAAACAUGCAUGCGUUAAUCUUGCAGUUAAUUUUCUCAUUUGUAUGUAUAUAUAGCUUUUCUCUGCAGCACGAUAUCUUUUGAGAAUGCCCUCUGGGGCACUAGCAUCAGUAACUGAAUGUAUCUUAAUCAUUAUGGCUGCUUUUUGUUUUGUUUCGUUUUGUUUUGUUUUACAUUAACAAAGGUUAUACAUAUGUUAGCAUAGAGUUUCUUUGCACCCACUAUUUAUGUCUGAAUCAUUUGUCACAGGAGGAUGCGUGCUGAUGAGAUUCUAAGUUUGUGUGUUUUCAUUUGUUUGAGCUAGGGAAGGAAAGCUGUGUGCAUUCACUGCUGAUCACAUGUUGCUUUCAUAGAUGUCCCUGGUUUGUGUGUACAAUAUGAAGAAUGAUCUGAAGUAAUUGUGCUGUAUUUAUGUUUAUCCACAGUCUUUGAUUAAAUAAAAGGAAAACAGCA